GAGACUGCCACGCUACAAACGGUCACCACGUUUCUAAAUUUGAAGACCCUGCACAGAGAUUGUAUUCCCGCCUUCCCUUGUCACGGAGAUGCCAUAUCCUGAUCUCUACAUCUCAAGCGCUCCUCCUCCAUUCCUCGGUCGCCUUCUCCGAUUCUUCUCCGCCUUCCCCAGGCCCAAGUGGAACUCCAACCGCAACCUUGUCGUCACUCACCCUAUCCUCUCCAUCAUGGAGUCCUGCGACUCCAUGGCCCACCUCAAGCAGAUACAGGCCCGCUUGACCACCGCCGGACUCAUGUCCCAACGCUUCCCGGCCAGCCGCGUCCUCGCCUUCUGCGCCCUCUUUGAUCCCAGCGACAUGGCACAUGCCGCCCUCGUCUUCCGUGGUAUUUCCAGCCCCAACCCUUACAUCUGGAACACCAUGAUCAGGGGCUACAACCGGGCCAACUUCCCCCUCUCAGGUUUCUCCUGCUUCCGCCGCAUGGUCCGCGACCGUGUCGAGAUGGACGGCCGCAGCUUUGUCUUCGUGCUGAAGAGCUGCGAGCAGCUCCCGGAGGCUUCGCCAGGGGAGGGAAUCCAUUGCGUAGCUUGCAAAGCCGGCUUCAUAUCACAUUUGCUCGUGGGGAACGGCUUGGUGCGCUUUUAUGCGACACAGGGGCCGUUGGCCUCUGCGAGAAGGGUGUUCGAUGCUUUGUCUGAAAGGGAUGUCGUCUCUUGGACUACAAUGAUUGAUGGCUAUUCCGAAAGCAGAAAGCCACAUGAAGCAUUGAGGCUCUUCUAUCAAAUGCUGAUGACGGGUACCCAACCCAAUGAUAUCACUUUCAUCGCCAUACUUUCAGCAAUCUCUCAACUGGGUGAACUAAAAUUUGGCAGGUUGAUGCAUGAUAAUAUUGGAAGAAGUGGCAUAGAUGCCAGCAUCAAUCUUCUUAAUGCUUUGGUGGAUAUGUAUGGGAAGUGUGGUUCUGUGGCUGAUGCAAAAGAAGUUUUCGACGACAUGCCGAUCAAGGAUGUUUUUUCAUGGACUUCUAUGAUGAGUGCAUAUGCAAAAUGUGGUAACCUAGAUCUUGCAAGGCAAUUAUUUGAUAAUAUGCCUGAAAAAAAUGUGGUCACUUGGAGCAGUAUGAUUGCAGCAUAUUCACAAUCAAAUCAACCUAAACAAGCAGUACAGUUGUUUUACGAGAUGAUUGCAGCACAUGUGAAGCCUAUAGAUGCUACUCUGGUGAGUGUGCUUUCAGCGUGUGCUAUGUUAGGUUGCUUGGAUCUUGGUAGAUGGAUCUAUGAACAUUAUAUAGAUGGCAAAAUGAUCAGACUUUCUGUAAAAUUGGCAAAUGCUUUCAUAGACAUGUAUGCUAAAUGUGGAGAUAUUGCAGAAGCAGCUAAAUUGUUUGAUGAGAUGCCAGAAAAGGAUGUGGUGAGUUGGAAUACAAUGAUCUUGGCAUAUGCUGUACAUGGUUAUAGCAAAGCGGCCUUAUUCCUUUUUGAGCAUAUGAAGAAUACACAACUAAUGCCUGAUGACAUCACAUUUGUCGGUGUCUUAUCUGCUUGCUGUCAUGGCGGCUUAGUCGUCGAAGGUCGAAGGCACUUUGCAGACAUGAAAUCAAUUUUUGGCAUUGAACCCAAGGGUGUACACUAUGCAUGCCUGAUAGACCUAUUUGGUAAAUUUGGGCUCUUGAAGGAAGCUCAUGAGUUGGUAAAGGGCAUGCCGGUGGAGCCAGAUGGAGCAGCAUGGGGUGCUCUCCUUAAUGCAUGCAGGAUGCAGGGAAAUGUGGAAUUAGGAAAGUUUGCAGGUGAAAUGCUUUUAGGCUUGGAACCUGGAGACAGUGGUAUAUAUGUGCUUAUGGCAAAUUUGUAUGCCACAAGAAGAGAAUGGGAUGAUGUGAAGAAGGUGAGGAAGAUAAUGAAAGAGAGAGGAGUUAAGAAAACUCCUGGUUGUAGCUCAAUUGAAUUAGUUGGGAAGUUCCAUGAUUUUCAUGUUGCUGAUGUGUCACAUUUGCAAUCUAAAGAGAUCUAUGCAACUUUAAACAACAUUUACACACAAUUAAAGAUAGAAGGCUAUGUUCCUCAGACAAAAUGUUGAUAGGGUCGUACAAAGGUGGCUCAAUGUCUACAAAUGACAAGAUAAGAACCUUGCUGAGAUUGACUGGUACCAUGCUGAUCUUAACAUAAACAAGAGCUUGAGUUAGCUGUUGUACAUUAGUUCUGAAAGGUCACAAGACUUCUUGAUGGGGAGUUCCUAGCCAGAGCAGUAUUGAUCCAGUGCAUACCAUCAUAUUGACACAUGAUAUGCAGCUUACUGGUUGGUACAUACCAGUGAGAAGAGGGGAGGGGAACAAGGAG